AUGACAACGCCUUCCAAUCAAAUUACUGAGUUUGUUGAGAGAUACAACGCUGCACAAGGCCAGGAACACUCACAAACACAAUCCCAUCCGCCCCACCAAUCCCCCGCCAUCAAUCUCGCUCAACAACUCAAAUCCCACUCCACGCAGCACCCACUAACAGAUGCAGACGUUGCCUAUCUAUCCGCACAGCUCCACCCACUCCACCAUCCUGGCGUAUUCAUGUACACCACCACCCUCUACACGCGACAGCUAUUGAGUGACCUAGCAAACACACAAGGCACAAACACACAUACCAACACUUCAAUCGCCAGCCAAUACCAUUCCUCGCAGCACCACGCCCACAACACUCCCACCGCCCAUCUGCGAGUAUGGGCUGAGGUAGUCGUAGAGCUAUCUGAGCAGCUGCAUGCACUGGCCAAGUUAAUCGGCAGUGUAAAGUCGUCUCUACCCGCCCUCCACUCUCUCCUGUACUCCCUAACCGGUGGUGCGGUUAACGAGCUAACGGGUGUACACCGCGUAUUUACGCAGGCGUGCAUCGAUGCACAUAUGCCGACGUACGCGAUAGGAGUGGUGGAAGGUGCUUUGGCGCUGAGUAGCAGCAGCAGCAGCAGCAAUUGCAGUCUCGAGAUACCCUCAUACACCCCUCUCACUUGCAACGACGCACUAGCGUUCCUCGCCAACGCUGCAACGGCGCUGCUCAUGCUGGGGCGAUUCGAACAGGCCCUGUUUGCUCUACAAAUGGUCCUCGCUAUGCCAUUAUCAACGUCAUCGUCUUCAGCUGCCCCUUCUACUUGCUCUUCCUCUUGCAUCCCGCCAGCCUUGCUCGACGCUGCCAAGCGCUCCCUCCUCACACAGCUCAUUGUAUACGGUACCAUCACCCCCUUCCCCAAACACUGCGGUGGGGUUGAGCGCGCACUCAAGAAAACUGCACCCGCUUUUCACUCCCUCCUCGAAAUCAGCAUUGGCGAGAGAGACAAAGAGAGAGAUUCCUUGGCGCAAUCGCAGUCGCAAUUGCAGUCGCAGUCGCAGUCACUCUCGCAGCCACACACGCUCUCGUUCAACUCCCGCUCUCACACUACCAUGCUGUAUCUGGAGGUAUUACGCAAGAACAGCACGGCUUUUGCGUCGGAGGGGGGUGUGAGUGAGGCUGCGAACGAGACUGAAGCGGCGCACCUCGCCAGACUCGCCCAAGAUAGCCUGUGGGCGUCACUCGUCGCCUGCUACGCGGACGUGUACUCGUCUAUCCCCGUCGCCCAUCUCGCAGCUGAGCUGGGUGAGUACGGUGAGCACGCGCACAUCAGAGAAGACACGCACACGGACACACACCCACACUCACACACGUCCUCCCUCUCCCCCUUCCUCCAACGCAUCGCGUCCGCCAUCGCCCUCGGCAGGGUGCAGGCGCGCAUCGACGGCGUUGCCCAGGUUGUGCAUUUCGACGUGGGCGAGAAGAGUGAGACAAAUACAAAGUCAGACGAGAAACUUGUCGGAUCUCGCCUCGAAUCAGCCAUCAAACACUCUCUUAUUGCCCAGCAACACGUGCUUGCGCUCGACCGCCACCUCGCUCUCCACCCUCUCUUUGUCAAGCAUCACAUAGCCAAGACUGAGCAGGGCGAGCGGCGAAGGAGGGACAAGGAGGGCGACGAGGAUGGCGAGCAGGAAAACGAAAAGGACAAAGAUAGCGACGAAAUGGUGCUGAGUGAAGGCGAUGAGUAG